ACCGUUUCAACCACCGUAUAUCGGUAAAUGGAUCAAGUUGUUGGAGAGGGAGAUAGAGAUGAAGCGGAAAUAAAUGCAUGCUUUGUUUGGAAAAUAGAAACGUAGGAUAUACAUGAGAAAAAAAAUUGAAACAGGAUGCACCUAGACUCCAAAAUCAUAAGGAAUACAGACACUAUAUGAAAGAGGAAACAAUAUCCUUCGAAAUUAAGGAAUGUCAUGCCUAAUGAUAUAAUAGCAGCCAUUCUCCUUUUCUUUUUUAAGAAAAUAGCAGCGAUCAAUAUCAGUCCAUUGCUUUGAACACGUGUGUUGUAUGCAUUGAAAAAUAAAAUCUAGGACAGAAAAAGAGAAGUUUCCAAAUUCUGCGAGUCCCUAUAACUCUAAGUCUUCCUACCCAUCAGCGCAAAAACCUCGGGCUGUUUACAUUUUUUUGUCUCCGCCGACAUAUACAACGGAUAUGGUGCUGCCGUGCAAAGAUUCGGAAAAUCCAAGAGAGAUUAUCCGACCGAACCCCUUCUCCAACCCCUACCACUCGCCCUCUCCCGCUCGGACCACUAAUCUCCGGCCAUCCGAUCACACCACGUGCCGACCCGAUGAUGAGAAAGAAGAAAACGAGGAGCAAGAAGAUGGAAGGAAGCCAGCCGAUCCCCGGACGAUGACUUUCACGGGGAGGAUCCUGCGGCCAAGAGCUCUAGGGGCUGAGGAGGACAAAGACGAUAAGAAAAGGACGAGAGCAAAGCUUCAUGUCAAACUGUCCAAGGAAGAGAUCGAGGACGACCUCAUCGCCAUGACCGGCUCCAAACCUCCCCGCCGGCCCAAACGGAAGCAUAAGAUGUCCGUCCAGAAUCGUCUCAAUUCAAUCUUUCCUGGCUUCGGCUUGCCAGAAACCAUUUCUGCUGAUCGGUACAAGGUUUCCGAGCCGCGUUGAUAAAGAUUUGGGUAAAUUUGUAUUGCAGUGGCGUUUGUGUUGCAGGAAGAUUCCUCAAGAUUAAUUUCUAUUUGACAGGUAUCUGGCGUGGGGAAUAUAUCGAGACUAUUGGAACUUGAUCUUCUAUCUUUAUUUUGAUUUAGUAUUGAGGACAUAUGUUGAGUUUGUUUUAUUUUGUUCAUCUGGAUCAUACAUAUAUUUCUGUCGAAAAAUU